AUUAGUAAACAUGCCAUAAAAUCUAAUAAGUUCACUUCUUCUUCUUCUUUUCUCUUCGUCACCCCUAACCCUAAACCCACCAUAUCGACACUCGACGCUCUCGUACUCACCAUCACCGGUGCCGGAAAAGCCUCUCUACUCUCUGUUCUACCACCCUCCCCCUUGAGUGAAUUAUUAGUACUAAUUCUCUCCAUACUCCAUUACAGGAAUCAUCCACCACAACAGGCCUCCUCACUCCCAUUAGUUCUUUUGUUGCUAAGAUUUUAUUGGAAGCUAGUUUUAAGGAGUUAAUGUUAUUGGGAAGAAAUUCAGUAUAGGAAAAAAUCGGAUCUUUAUAAAUAAAAUUUGAAAUGAAUAUGGGCUAUCAAGUUUCUUGUGUAAAUUAGUUGCAACAAGCUUCUUGUAUAAAAAAAAAACAGAGAGCAAACCAGAAAUGGCGGAUGAAGAACUCAAUCCAGCUUCAUCUCCAUGUUUGUACCUGUUCUCAGCUUUUCUUGCCAUGGAACCCUCAGACUCUCUGAUCGAAUUAGCUCGGGUUUGCGAUGAAGGGUCGGUUUCAGAAAGAGUACAGAGAUUCAUUUGGAGUCAUUGCAUAAGCAAAGUUGAAGGAAAAUUUCAUGCACCUUAUUUGAAGAAUUUUUUGAAGAAGCUUAUUAGUGAAGCUGAGAAGAACUGCUGCAGUGUUUUAGAUGAAAUAUAUGAACAAUAUGCUUUUUAUAUGACUUCAUUAAAGGAUGAAGUUUCUAUGGGAGAAACUAAAAGGGUCAACAAAUGCAUCUCAUUUCUUUUUCCUGAUGGCUAUCCAAAGUGGAGGAAAUUGCUGAUACAGCUCCAAUGUUCUCUUAACAUGCUUGAAGGGGAUACUGGGUGUUCAGUUUGGCCUUCAAGUCUUUAUUUAUCAGAGUGUAUACUUUCCUAUCCUGAAUUGUUUUGUAAUAAAUCUUGUUUUGAGGUUGGCUCAGGAGUGGGUUUGGUUGGCAUUACUCUUUCCCAUGUAAAAGCUUCUGAGGUGCUAUUAAGUGAUGGUGAUGUUUUGACUCUAGCAAACAUGAAAGUUAAUUUGGAGUUGAACCAGUUGAACCAAAACAAGGUAAAGUGCAUUCAUCUUCCAUGGGAAUCUGCAACAAAGGAACAACUUCAAAGCUUUAAGCCUGACAUAAUUUUGGCUGCAGAUGUUAUAUAUGACCCUGUAUGUCUCCCACAUCUUGUUCGAGUAGUUGCAACUCUUUUAAACCACACAAAAAAAUCAUAUUCUGAGGAGGAGGAGGUUAACAACUGCCAAGGCUCUUCAAUGGGAGAAACACAAGGCAAUCUUGGUCUAUGGAGGAAAGGUCCAGUGGCCCUCAUAGCUUCUGUUAUUCGCACUAUUGACACAUUCAAUUAUUUUCUUGAAUUGGUAGACAAGGCUAAUCUUAGCAUCACAGACAUAACCCAAACACUCAAACCUGUGAACCUACUUUCUUACAUGAAGUCAUACAACAGAUCCAGUAUAAGCCUAUUUAUUGUGUCAUCUAAAUAACUAAUUCUCUCCCUCCUCUUACCCCAAAAUUUUCCUUCAUUUUCAUUUUUUUGCCCUUCAUUCAAUUUUUGUGUUGUAUUGCAAGAGAAAGCUUUAACUCUGUAUUGAUUCUUCCUUAAAACGAUAAUGGUUUUGAAGAAGAAAAAAAAUACAAUCCUUUUGAUCUUCCUAGUAAGAGUACUAAGAAAGUUGUUACCUUUUUCUCUUUGGCUUAUUGGUACCGUAUUUUUUUUAAAUUAUAUAAAUUUUG